AAGUGAAAUGAAGCAUCUUCUCUGGACAUUAGCACUGCUGUGUGUACUGAGUGGAACUGCUGCAAGGAAAGGACCGCAGGGGCCUCGAGGAGACACAGGAGAACCUGGUGCUGACGGAGAACCAGGAGCAGACGGGAGCAAAGGUUAUCCCGGUUAUUGCGACAAUGAAGUGAAGUGUGAAGAUUCUGAAGGACCACAAGGAGAUGACGGGAUGGACGGAGAGGACGGACCACGAGGAGAAGAUGGAGCCAAGGGAGAGCAAGGUGCACCGGGGGAACCAGGGGUGGAAGGGAGUAAUGGAUCCCCGGGGCGACCUGGGGUAAAGGGAGUGAAAGGUGAAAGUGGACGAAUAGCCAGGGACGGUGAAAACGGUAUUGACGCGGCACCGUGCUCUAAAAAGGAAUGUUUAGGAGGGAAGUUGGAAGGGAACUGUCAGGUAGUGGGCACUCUGAAGAACGAUCAACAGGACGGAUAUUGGAAGUGUCCCUCUGAUAUGGUCAUCACCGGCUUUGAGAAAACGGGACCUGGGGAAAAAGACUUUGUGGUUAAAUGCUGCCAAAUUUAACGUGUUGGUUACAAAUGUGAAAUGUUACACGUUGCAUUUGCAACAGUUUACAAUUAUACAUGUAAUGUUGGUAACUGCCUAGUUGACAUUUUGAGCGCAUAAUAGAAAAGUUAAUUACACUAAAACAUUAAAACAUUUUAUAUUCAAACGACGUAAUUUCAAAUUUUAAAAAAUUGCUGGAACAUGGAAAAUUCAUUAUUUUCAUUUUAUUGUCAAAUAACGCUUAGUGCAGUGGUUAUAAAUUAUUCUUUUUCUCGUCAUAUAUCAAUAUGUAAUAUUGUUAAUCGUAUUUUGCAAUUCUGCAAUUGACCAU